AUGGUAGCAGCAGGUAUGUAGUUGAAUAACAGUGGCAAUCAAUACACGAUACAAGAUAUUCUCACUGUAGUUGUAGUUCAACCCUGGUAAACACAAGUUAUAUCGUUAUAAAUAUUAUCGAUACAUAUUAUCAAUUAUCAUACAUUACCAAUUAUCAUGCAUUACCAAUAGAAUUGAAACAUUGGCAAUUCUUAUUUCUACAAGACCAUGUAUACACUUUAAUAUUGUCUCUAAUACGCAUCUGAUCGAACGAUACUAUCAUUUUAUGCAUCAACGGACUAUCUUUGUAGCACUGCAUAUGCAAUUCAACGCUGUUAACGGAGCACAGCGUCAUGAUUCCAUUCCAGUUGAACAAGGCUGUCGGUUCAUACAUUUUAUAACUUAUUUGUACAAGGGCAAAGAGAUCAACGAUACAAUUUGACACGUUACUGUAUGUAUUAUUAGUAAAAUGCUACAUGCAUAUGAAUAAAUAUCACUCUCAGACGUCGGUGGCAGAUGUAAUUUCUACGCUGCACAAGUCUCAAUCACUAACAGUAUUUUGAACGUUAUUGGAAGCACGAGUCGCACUACAGUAUACACGCGUAUUAACAAAUUAUUGAACGCAAGUCGAUGUAUUUCACGUGUCAUUUCCACAAUGGUAAAUACACGGCAGUCAACGUUACUUUGGACGUUGUCGAAGUUAACAAUAAGAGACUAUAGCUGCGUGCAAUUUCAACGUUUCCAAGUUGUCGGCAAUUGUUAAUACAAAAAGCCGAAUUGCCACGGCAUCUGCCGCCAACUGUGUCUGCACCGACGGCUGCUUCGCAGACACCGUGGCGCCGUCUCUUAGUCGCGCGAGCAACUAACACCCAGAGGUGCUCGACGCGUUUCUCUCUUUCGAUUCUUUCUUUACGUUUUAUUGAAAAACUCUUAAUUUUUUUAAAUCGACCGUGCCUGCGACUACGGUGGCAAUUAACAUUGCAACGUUCCAUUACAUUCUUGUUUUCGUUAAUUCCUUCGUGGAAAAUUUUCAAUUCCAUCCUACUAUUUCCAACGCGUUUCAAGUUAUUCGUCUGCAAUGACGUUCCUAGAAGCUUUGGCAUAUCGAUUCUCGUUUUUAAUCGAUUUCUUUCGUUUGUUAAUUUAUUCUUUCGUCACCGGUGACAAAAGUCGGCUGGGUAUAAGUACUUGUUCAGCUUCUGUAGUUCUUCCUCUCGUUUCUUUGCUUCUAAUUUCGUUCUUGUCUUUUCUUUUUUUUUCUUUCUCUUCUUCUUUUCUUGCUUUCUUCAUAAUUCUCGGGCUUGGAAUUUGAUUCCUUCUCAAAAUUGAAAACUUGUGCUUCGAUUUCUGUUGGACGUCUGAUACUUGAAGUUGUGAUCUUGGAAAAUGGGUAGCUAGAAUGUUUUUUCCUUCGUUUCGUCCUAUUUCUCGUAGAAGGUAUCAAACUUGACCUCGUAUCUCUGGAUUUAAUUUUUUCAACUGCAACUACUUGGCAAUUGUUUCUUCUAAAUGUAAGUGCUUCGAGUUUAAUUUGUUCUAUUGCGACACUGUUGGUUUCAAUUUUAAUUUGUCGAAUUCUAUUUCUACGAUUACUUUGUUUCUAAGGACUAGAAAUUUAAUUUCUUCCAAUUCAACAGCUUCGGUUUGAUUUAUUUGUAUUUCUGUUUCUUUUUAUUUUAUUUUUCUUUUUUUUUCUUUGAACCAAGUUAUUUUAACUUGGAUAUCACCGAGGCUAAAUCAGCUGAACCUCGAUUCUCUUGAACCUAAAGUACUUGAACCUCGAUUCCCUUGAACCUAAAUAACUCGAACCUUAAUUCUCUUGAACCUAAAUAACUUGAACCUUACUUCUCUCGAACCUACAUCGCUUGAACCUUGAUUCUUUUGAAACUAAACUACUUGAACUUUGAUUCUCUUGAACCUACGUCACUUGAACUUGAAUAUUCUUGAACCUUAAUCGCUCGAACUUCAAUUUUCUUUGAGACAUAAUCUUUAGAACUUUCGUCCUCUUGAACUUUGAUCGUUUGAACAUCAAUUUUCCUUGAAUCUUGAUCUUGAAUUGUAAUUUGUUCAAGUUUAAUCUUGUCGAAUAAUUUUUCGAACUAUAUUUUAGUGAAUCUCGAACUUGUUGAAUCGCUUGUACCUCAGUUUUCCUUGAACUGUAAUUUCUUGUUAAUGAAUGUUAAUCUUUUUGAACUUUGAUCUCUUCGAUCUCAAUUUUUUCGAAUCUUAACAAUCUGAAUCUUUUUUUUGAGCUUUAAUCGUUUGAACGUCAAUUUUUCUUUGAACCUUGAUCUUUUAAACCUUCGUUGCUCGAACCUCGAUAUUGUUCAACCUAAAUUGCUUGAACAUUUAUUUCGUUCAACCUAAAUUAGUUGAACUUCAAUAUUCUGAAAGCUUAACCGCUUGAAUCAUUUUUUUUUCUUCUUGUUCUUGAAGUUGAACUAGAGGAAUGGUUAGGUUUAGGUUAGGUUUAGGUUAGGUUAGGUUUAGGUUUUUUAUCGUCAAGACAUACAAAUUCUGUAUUAUGAUUCUAUCACACGAUUCUGUAAGAUCAUUUGGACAUACUAUUAGGAUCAUUGGACAUACUAUUUGCAAGUUACUUAGUUAAAUUGUCGUAAAUAUUGUGGCAGAAAUGUAUAUUAUUAGUGUUAUAUAAAAUAUGACUGGUUUAUCAUUGGCUGGUGUGUGAAAAUAUCGUUUCUGCCGUGAUAUACGCGUACACGAGAAACAAGGAAAAACGGGAUUAAAUGGCGGGUAAUUAAAAAACGAAAAGUAAAAUUCGCCGGUAAAAGUUACUCGUUAGCUCGUUAGUUUCCAGCGGCGGAGAACGGUGACAGAGGCCGUGAAAAUGGCAGUUGAAUGCCGGAUAUAGCGGACACAUUGUGUCAUCGAACGCGCACAGCUGCGAGAGAACGCGUGUGCAUGUUUCGCGGCGACGUUAAUUGGCCGUGCUAUGAACAUUGCAAAAUACCCCCGCCGGUUGAAAGACGAGACACCGUUUUAAUUACGAUAUAAUAAUACGUGUCAGUCGAAUUCUUCUUCGUGAUGAAAAACCGAUCUUUUCUUUUGUGUGUCGUAAUUACUGGUUGUUGCCAGAUGUUGCGAGAUAUUUCUUGUUUUCAUUGAAUCGUUUAAUUUUCAAAAUCGUUGGAGAAAAUUUCCAUUUAGUGGGAUCCAUUUGGGGAGGACGAGAUGACACUGAAGAAUCUCAAAAAUCACGCGGGUAUGGUAAGAUGGAAAUUUAAUCCGGAAUAACUGUAAGAAGUCGAAUGAUUUGAAACUCUAGGCUUUUCGUUAUGCUGAUGUAAAUGGAAAAGGAUGUUUGAACGAACGUGAAUACAAAAUAGCAAUGACGGUUGUUGUCCGAACAAAGUGAAGUCCUUUUUUAAAACGAUGGCGAAUUUUGAUUGAAGAUGCGUAAUUUCUGUUUCGAUCUACAGACGGAAGUGAAACAAAUUUUUCAAUGUGCCAAUAAAAUUUUAUACGAAGAGUUUGAAUCGUGGAUAUUUAAGAAGAUUAAAGCGGAUGAUUUGUGCGUUAAUAUAAAGAUUGUAGGUAUUGUUAACAAAGUUGAUACAUUUUUAAAUGAUCAAAGAGCUGUUGUUAUAGAUGAAGGAUAUUUAAUAUUGGAUGAUUUCAAUUUUGCAAGAAAGUCUGUCGACUUGAAAGUAAUACCAACGGUAUUUCAGACGAUAUUUAAAGAGUUGGAUCGUUACGAAAAAAGAGCAAAUAAUGAAAGUGACAUACCUGUCGCAGUACAUAAUCGUCCUUAUCCUAUGUGCUAUAGUGAGUACUGUAGCAGUUUGGAAAGAAGAUUUUAUUGUCGCUUGAAUAGACUUGUCUGUUUCUUGAUCGACAUUUGCCGUAGCUUCGUCGAUACAGACGAUCUUUUCUACAUUAACGUUAUCGAUCGAUAUGCUUCCAAAAGUUAUUUCUGUUAAUUUAAAUAACGAAGCGAACAGAGAACUUUUUCCAGCACCCGUACGACCAACGAUUCCAAUUUUUUCUGCUGGUCUGGUAAUAAACGAUAUACCAUUUAAAGAUGGUGCUAAAUGUUCUCUGCAAGAUUUAAACAUCGUAAUACUUGACGUACAGCAUAUGCAAACUUAA